AUGGUGAUCAAUCCUACCUAUCUUGCGCAGCGGACGCGCCAGUCUGUCAAUUGGACCGACUGCAAACGAAGGGUUCUGUGGAGCUAUCGGGAAUGGAUUCGUUCCGCUCCGGAGAUCCAGACGAUGUACUCACUCAACAUACCUGUAGCACAAUUGCGGACGAAAAUGAGGCAGGAGUUUGAAAGACAUAGAUAUGUGAAUCAAAUGGGAGUGGUGGAUAUGCUGUUAUUCCAGAGCCAUGCAGAAUUUCAGGAAACGCUAAACUACUGGAAGCAACUCCCUCACAUCCUUAAGUACUUCCGCGCAGAAGAGGAUCCAAACGCAAGACUUCCACAGAAUUUCAUGUCUGGUUUCUUAGAGGCAAGUUCUUUAUUCUUCCCUCAGGUGCACCUUAUCUAA